AUGGCUGUUACGGUCCUAACAAGCCGAUGCAGCUGUACCUACCUCUACGCCUCUUUUCCUCCUCCACAGCGAUUACCUCCACUGGAACUUGGGUUCCUCCACGGUUGUGACAGGGCAUACAGAUGCCUGGACGUGGGGGCCGCCGCCGCCGCCCUCGGACAGCCCGACGUCAUGGCCAUUACCACCUCCAUUGAAACCAAUAUGCCAAGCCAUCACCAACAACCAAAAACCAUCACCAACAUGGAAGUUGCAGAUUGA